AUGAUGCCAGCUGGCAAUCACACCUUUUUUGCCCCCGUGACCUACAUCCUGACUGGUAUCCUGGGUAAAGAGGAGUCUCAUGUCUGGAUCUCCAUCCCCUUCUGUCUGAUGUACAUUGUGACAAUUUUUGGGAACUCUCUCCUACUAUUCAUCAUACUAACAGAACAAAGCCUCCAUGAGCCCAUGUAUCUAUUUGUGUCCAUGCUGGCCGCUGCUGAUCUGCUGUUAUCUACCACGGCAGUGCCCAAGAUGCUGGUUGUAUUCUGGUUUAGAGCAGGGGAAAUUUCUUUUGCUGCCUGCCUGACCCAGAUGUUCUUCAUCCAUGUCAGUUUUCUGGCCGAGUCGGCCAUCCUGCUGGCCAUGGCGUUUGAUCGGUACGUUGCCAUCUGCGACCCCCUGAGAUACACCAUGAUACUAACCAAGUCUGUGACCGGGAAGAUGGGGCUGUCAGUUGUAACAAGAAGUUUCUGUUUCAUUUUCCCUCUCAUCUUUCUCGUGAAGCAGCUGAAGUUCUGCAGAACCAACCUCCUGCCUCACACCUAUUGUGACUACAUGGCCAUAACCCGGCUGGCCUGCAACGACAUCACAGUCAUUUUCUGUUGACUCUGAUGGUUUUCUAUUGAU